AAGUACAAACAAUGGCUGUAUGUAGGCAAUGUAGUGGCUUUUUGGCAAACAUUGUUUGGCUGCCAUAAUUGCACACGUCUUUAUAAUUGAGGGUCCACUGCACACGACACUCGAUGACUGGCAUCAAAGGAAGAAGCCUUCAUCUUGCUGCUUUACAACUCAGCAAGAAAGAGAGAGGAAAGGGAGCCGCCUCGAGUUUGUGUCUUCGGUCAAACCAACGCUUUUCGAGAAGCUAGCUACCUUGUUAUUGUCAUAAAGGUUGCCUGGAUUAGGUAUGGCUACUUCGCCAUUUCGUGAGAUCUCUUCUGAGCCAACUCCUGACUCCACAGAAAAGGGCUUUUUACUCGGGCACACUCGCUCGCCUAUAUCAUUUUGUAGUUGUGGCAGUAGUUGUAAGAAGUGUCAACCUUCAUCUCCCCUCCUCCCUACCACACACAAAGCUAGUUAUGGCUCUACUUCGAAAUUUUCAAAAAACUCUUUAUCUCCUGGCCCUUCUCUCAAUAUUGCGCCAGGCGAUGUAGAGGCGUCCGUACGUUGUGGCUGUCAUGUUAAAGUGAAGGAUACUACAAGCAGAAAGGCUCGCAUUAAACUUGUUGCUGCUUGCGUCAUAGCACUUGCUUUCAUGAUUGGAGAAGUAGUUGGUGGAUAUUUCUCUCACAGUCUUGCAAUAAUGACUGAUGCUGCUCACAUGCUGUCUGACUUUGCUAGUUUCUUAAUUAGUUUGUUUUCUAUUUGGAUGGCAACAAGACCUCCUUCCAAACGAAUGUCAUUUGGUUGGUAUAGAGCAGAGGUAAUGGGAGCUGUGAUAUCAGUCCUAAUAAUAUGGUUGAUCACUGGUGUACUAGUAUAUGAAGCUGUAUUAAGAGUGAUACAUUAUGAUAACAACAUUAAUGCUGAUAUUAUGCUAAUAACUGCCUGUGUUGGAGUAUUUGUUAAUGUAUUAAUGUGUACAGUGCUCCAUCAGCAUGACCAUGGACAUGGACACGGGCACGGACAUGGACAUGGACAUGGACACGGGCACGGACAUGGACACAACAGUGGGGAAAAAGAUGAUCACACUGUAACUAAGAGUGACGGUAAAAAAAGAAAGAGGGGAAGUGGUAAAAAUAUCAAUGUCCGUGCUGCCUUUAUUCAUGUCAUUGGUGACCUUAUUCAAAGUAUUGGAGUUGUGAUUGCAGGAUACAUCAUUAAGUUCUUUCCUCAGUGGCACAUUGUGGAUCCUAUCUGUACCUUCCUUUUCUCAAUCCUUGUAAUAAUAUCAACAAUAAAUGUACUCAGAGAUGCUAUGCUAGUACUAAUGGAAGGUGCUCCACGUAAUAUUGAUACUGAAGCUGUUGAGAAUGAUCUUAGAGGAUUAGCUGAUGUUGAACAUGCCCAUAAUAUACACAUUUGGUCAUUGACAGUCAACAAAGCAGCAAUAGCUGCUCAUUUAGCAAUCAAGAAAGAAGCAGAUGUUCAAGCUGUCCUAACAGCUGCUUCUGAAAUGUUAAGAAAGAAUUAUGGUUUCUCAAAUACUACGCUACAAGUUGAGCACUUUCAAGAUGAGAUGGAGACCUGUGGGCCUUGCCAGUUGCGGAAAGGCAGUACUUCUUUAAGCGAAGAAAAGAGUAUCAAAUUAUAGUUCUAUCAUCAUCGUCGUCAUCUUGUCUUCAUUGAUUAUUAUUUUUAUUGUUGUUGCUAUUAUUAUAAUUAUUAAACUUGUGAUCUAGUGUAUCGGUUUUUUGGACAUCAUGUUUGUAAGAGCUAUAGCUUCAAGUCCAUAGAUACACUGCAACUUAGUGUAAACUUUUCAUUUUAAAUAAUAAAA